GCGGGGGCCCGGCCACUCGGAGCAGCUCUGCCGCGGGGACUGCACCGCCCGCCCUGCCGGACCCGCCCCGACCGGGGCUCACCGCCGCCAGCAGCCGCAGCACCGCGACCUCGGGCGCCGCGCGGGCUAUGGCUGUGCCCUGGGGCUGAGCGCGCAGGCCGUGUGACGGAGAUUCCCGACGAGAGAGGCUGAGGGGAAGAGAGGAAGGAGGGGCGGGCUCCUGGCAAGGCAUUUGCUCCUGGAAGGAGUCCUGCAAAAGAUGGAGAAGGAGGAGGAGAUGACCCGGGAGCUCCUGCUGCCCAACUGGCAGGGCAGCGGCUCCCACGGGCUGACCAUCGCCCAGACGGACGACGGCGUUUUCGUGCAGGAGGUGAUGCAGAACUCCCCUGCGGCCCGUGCUGGGGUGGUCAAGGAGGGGGAUCAGAUUGUGGGUGCCACCAUCUACUUCGACAACCUGCAGUCGGGCGAGGUGACCCAGCUCCUUAACACCAUGGGCCACCACACUGUGGGCCUGAAGCUGCACCGCAAGGGAGACCGCUCCCCUGAGCCUGGCCAGACUUGGACCCACGAUGUCUUCAGCUCCUGCAGCUCCGAGGUGGUUCUGAGCGGGGGCGACGAGCAGUACCAGCGCAUCUACACCACAAAGAUCAAGCCUCGGCUGAGGUCAGAGGAUGGAGUGGAAGGGGACCCUGGGGAGACCCAGAGCCGCACCAUCACGGUGACCAGAAAGGUCACGGCCUACACUGUGGAUGUGACAGGCCGGGAGGGAGCCAAGGAUAUCGACAUCAGCAGCCCUGAAUUCAAGAUCAAGAUUCCAAGGCAUGAACUGACUGAAAUCCCCCAUGUGGACUUGGAGACCCAGUCGGGGAAGACAGUGAUCAGACUGCCCUCGGGUGCCGGGGCCGUGUCUCCAUCCCCUCCCACAGGCUCUGCUGUGGAUAUCCAAGCAGGGGCCAUUUCCACAUCAGGACCAGAGCUCCCAGGUGCUGCCCCCUCGAAACUCCAGGUCACCACACCUGGGAUAAAGGUGGGAAACCUGGGCCUCAGUGUCAGUGCAAAGGGCUUGGACUUGGGGGCCAAAGGAGAGGUCCAAGUUCCGGGAGUGGGCGCUUCAUCUGCUCUUGGAGGUGGAUCAGUUGAGGUGCAGGGCCCAAUCCUUGAGAGUGGUGACAUUGGGAAAAUUAAAAUUCCCACUCUGAGGAUGCCAAAAUUUGGUGUCUUGACAGGUCCCGAAGGCCGGGCCCCAGAGGCAGGGUUGGAGGUUUCUGCGCCUGAGAUCUCUGUGGGGCAGAAGGGUGACCGGCCAGGCUUGACCAUUGGUGGGAGCAUCGAGGCCCCUCAGCUGGAAGUCAGUGCUCCCUCUGCCAAAAUGGAAGGGCUCGAGGGGAAGCUGAAGGGCCCCCGAAUCACUGGGCCCUCACUUGAGGGUGACCUGGGCCUGAAAGGUGUCAAGCCACAGGGGAGCAUAGGGGUCGACAUCUCUGCUCCUAAAGUUAAGGGCAGCAUCGCUGGACCCAAUGUGGAGGUUCAAGCCCCUGACAUUGGUCUUCCUGGGGCUGGGGGCAAACUGAAUGUGUCAGGUUCCAAGGGAGAAGGAGCUGGCAUUGGUGUGACACUUCCUGGGGUUUCCGGGGGUGUCAGUCUGCCUGAGGUUGCUGCCGGCGGGCUGGAAGGGAAGGUGAAGGGAACUAAAGUCAAGACUCCUGAAAUGAUUCUUCCGAAACCUAAGAUCUCUAUGCAGGAUGUGGAUCUGAGUCUUAGGUCCCCUAAACUGAAAGGAGAUAUUAAGGUUUCUGCUCCUGGGAUUCAGGGCGAUGUCAAAGGCCCACAAGUGGACAUAGAGACUCCCAGCCUGCAGGGGUUCCUCACAGGCCCCAAGCUGAGUGGUCUUUCUGGGAAAACUGGGACUUGCAAGAUUUCUAUGGCAGAUGUUGACUUAAAUGUGGCUGCACCUAAAAUGAAAGGGGGUGUAGAUGUCACACUCCCAAAAGUAGAAGGGAAAGUUAAAGUCCCUGAGGUUGAUGUCAAAGGCCCCAACAUGGGUGUCAGUGCCCCAGAUGUGGACGUUCAUGGCCCAGAAUGGAACCUGAGAAUGCCCACGAUGAAAAUGCCAAAGUUCAGCACGCCGGGAGUCAAAGGGGAAGGCCCAGAUGUAGAUGUGAAUCUACCCAAAGGAGAUGUCAGUAUUUCAGGGCCCAAGGUCAAUGUGGAAGCCCCAAAUGUCAAUGUGAAGGGUCUGGGAGGCACACUUAAAGGCCCCGAAAUUAAGCUACCUGAAGUGAGUGUGAAAACACCAAAGAUCUCCAUGCCUGAUGUAGAUUUGUAUGUUAAAGGCACAAAGGUGAAGGGGGAGUAUGAUGUAACAGUGCCAAAGCUUGAGGGGGAACUGAAAGGCCCCAAAGUGGACAUCGAUGCUCCAGAUGUGGAAGUUCAAAGCCCAGACUGGCAUCUGAAGAUGCCCAAGAUGAAAAUGCCCAAAUUCAGUGUGCCAGGGUUCAAAGCAGAGGGCCCAGAAGUGGAUGUGAACCUGCCCAAGGCUGAGAUUGAUGUCUCAGGACCAAAGGUGGAUGUUAGUGCUCCAGAUGUGAGCAUUGAGGGACCAGAAGGGAAAUUGAAAGGGCCCAAGUUUAAGAUGCCUGAGAUGAAUAUCAGAACCCCAAAGAUUUCCAUUCCAGAUGUGGACUUACAUUUGAAAGGCCCUAAAGUAAAGGGAGAGUACGAUGUCACAGUGCCGAAGGUUGAAGGUGAGAUUAAAGUUCCAGAUGUUGAACUCAAAAGUGCCAAAGUAGACAUCGAUGCUCCAGAUGUGGAGGUUCAUGGACCAGACUGGCACCUGAAGAUGCCCAGGAUGAAAAUGCCCAAGUUCAGCAUGCCCGGCUUCAAAGCAGAGGACCCAGAUGUGGAGGUGAACCUGCCCAAGGCUGACAUUGAUGUCUCAGGACCCAAGAUGGAGAUUGAAGUUCCAGAUGUGAGUGUUGAAGGACCUGAAGGGAAGUUGAAGGGUCCCAAGUUUAAGAUGCCUGAGAUGCACAUCAAAGCCCCAAAGAUCUCCAUGCCAGAAGUAGAUUUGCAUAUGAAGGGUCCCAAAGUAAAGGGAGAAUAUGAUGUUACCGUGCCAAAGCCAGAAGGGGACCUGAAAGGGCCAAAGGUAGAUGUCACUGCCCCAGAUGUUGAAGUCCAUGGUCCUGAUUGGGACUUGAACAUGCCCAAGAUGAAAAUGCCCAAAUUCAGCAUGCCCAGCCUCAAAGGAGAAGGCCCAGAAGUGGAUGUGAAACUGCCCAAGCCCAGUGUCGACAUCUCAGGACCCAAGGUAGAUAUUAGUGCUCCAGAUGUGAGCCUUGAAGGUCCAGAAGGGAAAUUGAAAGGCCCCAAGUUUAAGAUGCCUGAGAUGCACUUCAAAGCUCCAAAGAUGACACUGCCAGAUGUUGAUCUGGAUCUUAAAGGCCCUCAAAUGAAAGGAAAUUUAGAUAUGUCUUCACAAAAAUUAGAAGGUGAGAUGAAAGUUCCACAUGUGGACAUCAAAGGCCCCAAGGUAGACGUUAAAGCACCAGAUGUGGAAGUCCAGGGUCCAGAUUGGAGCCUGAAAAUGCCCAAGAUGAAAAUGCCCAAGUUCAGCAUGCCCAGCUUCAAAGCAGAGGGCCCAGAUGUGGAUGUGAACCUGCCCAAGGCUGACAUUGAUGUCUCUGGGCCCAAGGUGGACAUUGAUGCUCCAGAUGUGAGCCUUGAGGGUCCAGAAGGGAAGCUGAAGGGUCCCAAGUUCAAGAUGCCUGAGAUGCACUUCAGGGCUCCCAAGAUCUCCAUGCCUGAUGUUGACCUGAAUCUUAAGGGACCAAAACUAAAGGGAGAUGUGGAUGUGUCUUUACCUGAGGUAGAAGGUGAAAUGAAAGUGCCUGAUGUCGACCUGAAAGGGCCCAAAGUGGAAAUCAGUGCUCCAGAUGUGGACAUUCAUGGCCCAGACUGGCACCUGAAAAUGCCCAAGAUGAAAAUGCCCAAGUUCAGCAUGCCUGGUUUCAAGGCAGAAGGCCCAGAAGUGGCUGUGAAUCUGCCUAAGGCUGACACUGAUAUCUCGGGACCGCAGGUAGGCAUAAGUGCACCAGAUGUAAAUAUUGAAGGUCCAGAUGUAAAACUAAAAGGUCCCAAGUUUAAGAUGCCAGAAAUGCAUAUAAAGCCUCAGAAGAUAGCCGUGCCAGAUGUUGGUUUGCAUUUGAAAGGUCCUAAAAUAAAAGGAGAUUAUGAUGUUACAGUUCCAAAAGUAGAAGGAGAGAUAAAUGCUCCUGAUGUAGACAUUAAGGGCCCCAAAGUGGACAUUAAUGCACCAGAUGUGGAAGUUCAUGGCCCAGACUGGCACCUGAAGAUGCCCAAAGUAAAAAUGCCCAAGUUCAGCAUGCCAGGCUUCAAAGGAGAGAGUCCAGACAUGGAUGUGAACCUGCCCAAGGCCGAUGUUGACAUUUCAGGAUCCAAAGUGAACAUUGACGCUCCUGAUGUGAGCCUUGAAGGUCCGGAUGCAAAACUGAAGGGUCCCAAGUUCAAGAUGCCAAGCAUGAAUAUACAGACACACAAAAUCUCCAUGCCUGAUGUUGGACUUAAUCUGAAAUCACCUAAACUGAAAGGUGACAUAGAUGUUUCCCUUCCUAAAGUGGAAGGAGACUUGAAAGGUCCUGAAAUUGAUGUGAAAGCUCCUAAGAUGGAUGUGGAUGUUGGUGAUAUUGAUAUUGAAUGCCCAGAAGGAAAGUUGAAAGGCCCCAAGUUUAAGAUGCCUGAGAUGCAUUUCAAGGCCCCCAAGAUCUCCAUGCCUGAUGUGGACUUACACUUGAAAAGCCCCAAGGUCAAAGGGGAUGUGGAUGUGACGGUGCCCAAGAUAGAAGGUGAAAUGAAAGUGCCAGAUGUGGACAUCAGAGGCCCCAAAGUUGACAUUGAUGCCCCAGAUGUGGAUGUUCAUGGCCCAGACUGGCACCUGAAAAUGCCCAAGAUAAAAAUGCCCAAAUUCAGCAUGCCUGGCUUCAAAGGAGAUGGCCCAGAAAUGGAUGUGAACCUGCCCAAGGCCAACAUUGACAUCUCUGGCCCCAAAUUGGACAUUGAAGCUCCUGAUUUGGAUAUUGAGGGACCAGAAGGAAAAUUAAAAGGCUCCAAAUUUAAGAUGCCCAAGUUGAAUAUCAAAGCUCCUAAGAUAUCCAUGCCAGAUGUGGACUUGAAUUUGAAGGGACCCAAACUGAAAGGGGAGAUUGAUGCCUCUGUGCCAGAAGUGGAAGGUGAUCUCAGAGGUCCUCAGUUGGAUAUCAAAGGUCCUAGUGUGGAUGUGGAGAUGCCUGAUGUUAACCUGGAAUGUCCUGAUGCAAAGUUGAAAGGCCCCAAGUUUAAGAUGCCAGACAUGCACUUCAAGGCCCCCAAGAUCUCCAUGCCUGAUGUGGACUUACACUUGAAAGGCCCCAAAGUCAAAGGGGAUGUAGAUGUGACUGUGCCCAAGAUAGAGGGUGAAAUGAAAGUGCCAGAUGUGGACAUCAAAGGCCCCAAGGUUGACAUUGAUGCCCCAGAUGUGGACAUUCAUGGCCCAGACUGGAACUUAAAGAUGCCCAAGAUGAAAAUGCCCAAGUUCAGCAUGCCUGGCUUCAAAGCAGAGGGUCCAGAAGUGGACGUGAACCUGCCCAAAGCUGACAUUGACAUUUCUGGCCCCAAAGUGGACAUUGAUGCUCCAGAUGUGAGUCUUGAAGGUCCAGAGGGGAAGCUGAAAGGUCCCAAGUUUAAGAUGCCUGAGAUGCACUUCAAGGCCCCCAAGAUCUCCAUGCCUGAUGUGGACUUACAUUUGAAAGGCCCCAAAGUCAAAGGGGAUAUGGAUGUGUCUGUGCCUAAGAUAGAAGGUGAAAUGAAAGUACCAGAUGUGGACAUCAAAGGCCCCAAAGUUGACAUUGAUGCCCCAGAUGUGGAUGUUCAUGGCCCAGACUGGCACUUGAAAAUGCCCAAGAUGAAAAUGCCCAAGUUCAGCAUGCCUGGCUUCAAAGCAGAGGGUCCAGAAGUGGACGUGAACCUGCCCAAGGCUGACAUUGACAUUUCUGGCCCCAAAGUGGACAUCGAUGCUCCAGAUGUGAGCCUUGAAGGUCCAGAAGGGAAACUAAAGGGUCCCAAGUUUAAGAUGCCUGAAAUGCAUUUCAAGGCCCCCAAGAUCUCCAUGCCUGAUGUGGACUUACACUUGAAAGGCCCCAAAGUCAAAGGGGAUGUAGAUGUGACUGUGCCCAAGAUAGAAGGUGAAAUGAAAGUACCAGAUGUGGACCUCAAAGGCCCCAAGGUUGACAUUGAUGCCCCAGAUGUGGAUGUUCAUGGCCCAGACUGGCACCUGAAAAUGCCCAAGAUGAAAAUGCCCAAGUUCAGCAUGCCUGGCUUCAAAGCAGAGGGUCCAGAAGUGGACGUGAACCUGCCCAAAGCUGACAUUGACAUUUCUGGCCCCAAAGUGGACAUCGAUGCUCCAGAUGUGAGCCUUGAAGGUCCAGAAGGGAAACUAAAGGGUCCCAAGUUUAAGAUGCCUGAAAUGCAUUUCAAGGCCCCCAAGAUCUCCAUGCCUGAUGUGGACUUACACUUGAAAGGCCCCAAAGUCAAAGGGGAUGUAGAUGUGACUGUGCCCAAGAUAGAAGGUGAAAUGAAAGUACCAGAUGUGGACCUCAAAGGCCCCAAGGUUGACAUUGAUGCCCCAGAUGUGGAUGUUCAUGGCCCAGACUGGCACCUGAAAAUGCCCAAGAUGACAAUGCCCAAGUUCAGCAUGCCUGGCUUCAAAGCAGAGGGCCCAGAAAUGGACGUGAAUCUGCCCAAGGCGGAUGUUGACAUUUCAGGACCUAAACUUGAUAUUGAUGCUCCAGAGGUGAACAUUGAAGGUCCUGAAGGAAAAUUAAAAGGCCCUAAGUUCAAGAUGCCUGAAAUGCACUUCCAUGCCCCGAAGAUCUCCAUGCCUGACAUUGAUUUCAACUUAAAGGGACCUAAAAUCAAAGGAGACAUUGAUGUUUCUGCCCCAAAGCUGGAAGGAGAAUUGAAGGGUCCAGAAUUAGAUGUCAAGGGUCCCAAAUUGGAUGUUGAUAUCCCAGACGUAGCUAUGGAAGGCCCGGAUGGCAAAUGGAAAAGUCCCAAGUUUAAGAUGCCAGACAUGCACUUUAAAACUCCCAAAAUCUCUAUGCCAGACAUUGAUCUACACUUAAAAAGCCCCAAAUUAAAGGGAGAGGCGGACAUAGAUGUUCCCAAAUUGGAAGGGGACCUCAAAGGGCCACAGGUGGACAUCAGUGGGCCAGACAUCAACGUUGAAGGACCAGAAGGAAAAUUGAAAGGCCCCAAGUUUAAGAUGCCUGACAUGCAUUUCAAAGCCCCCAAUAUUUCUAUGCCUGAUGUGGACCUAAAUCUGAAAGUUCCCAAGAUCAAGGGGAGUGCAGAUGUGUCUGUGCCUGAGGUAGAGGUAGAAGUACCAGAUGUGAGUCUCAAAGGCCCCAAAGUAGACAUCAAUGCUCCUGAAGUUCACGGCCCAGACUGGCAUAUAAAAAUGCCCAAGAUGAAAAUGCCCAAAUUCAGCAUGCCUGGUUUUAAAACAGAGUGCCCAGAAGCAGAUGUCACCCUUCCCAAGGCUGACAUUGAUAUCUCAGUACCCAAAGUUGACAUUGAAGCCCCAGAUAUGAGCAUCGAGGGUCCAGAAGGAAAAAUCAAGGGUCCUAAAAUUAAGAUGCCAGAGAUGAACAUCAAAGGCCCAAAGAUUUCCAUGCCAGAUGUGGAUUUACACUUGAAAAGUCCAAAGGUCAAAGGAGAUGUGGAUGUUUCCCUACCUAAGGUGGAAGGUGACCUAAAGAGCCCAAAAGUUGACAUCAAAGGACCAAAAAUGGAUGUCAGUGCCCCAGAUGUGGAUGUUCAAGGCCCAGACUGGCACCUGAAGAUGCCCAAGGUGAAAAUGCCCAAGUUCAGCAUGCCCGGCUUCAAAGGAGAGGGCCCAGAAGUGGAUGUGAACCUUCCCAAGGCUGACAUUGAUAUCUCAGGACCCAAGGUGGACAUGGAAGGUCCUGAUGUUAGCAUUGAAGGACCAGAAGGAAAAUUGAAAGGUCCUAAGUUCAAGAUGCCUGAGAUGAACAUCAAAGCUCCUAAGAUCUCCAUGCCUGACUUUGAUUUGCAUUUGAAAGGUCCCAAGGUGAAGGGUGAUGUGGAUGUUUCUCUGCCUAAAGUGGAAGGUGACCUCAAGGGACCUGAAGUUGAUAUCAAAGGCCCCAAAGUGGACAUCGAUGUUCCAGAUGUGGACGUUCAUGGCCCAGACUGGCACCUGAAAAUGCCUAAGGUGAAAAUGCCCAAGUUCAGCAUGCCUGGCUUCAAAGGAGAGGGUCCAGAAGUGGAUGUGAAACUGCCUAAAGCUGACAUUGAUGUCUCAGGACCCAAGGUGGAUGUCGAAAGUCCCGACAUGAAUAUUGAAGGCCCUGAAGGAAAGUGGAAAAGUCCAAAGUUUAAAAUGCCUGAAAUGCAUUUUAAGACUCCAAAGAUAUCCAUGCCAGAUAUUGACCUCAAUUUAACAGGUCCAAAAAUAAAAAAAGAUGUGGAUGUUACAGUUCCCCAAGUAGAGGGAGCUCUUAAAGGACCUGACAUUGAUAUCAAAGGCCCCAAAGUGGACAUUGAUGUCCCAGAUGUAGACGUUCAUGGCUCAGACUGGCACCUGAAGAUGCCCAAGAUGAAAAUGCCCAAGUUCAGCAUGCCUGGCUUCAAAGGAGAAGGCCCAGAAGUGGAUGUCAAUCUACCCAAGGCUGACAUUGAUGUCUCAGGACCUAAAGUGGACAGUGAUGUUCCAGAUGUCAAUAUUGAAGGUCCAGAUGCAAAACUGAAGGGCCCCAAGUUCAAGAUGCCUGAGAUGAACAUCAAAGCCCCUAAGAUCUCCAUGCCUGACUUUGAUUUGCACCUGAAAGGUCCCAAGGUGAAGGGAGACGUGGAUGUUUCUCUGCCAAAAGCAGAAGGUGACCUCAAAGGCCCUGAUGUUGAUAUCAGAGGCCCCAAAGUGGACAUUGAUGUUCCAGAUGUGGACAUUCAUGGCCCAGACUGGCACCUGAAGAUGCCCAAAAUGAAAAUGCCCAAGUUCAGCAUGCCUGGCUUCAAAGGAGAGGGCCCAGAAGUGGAUGUCAAUCUACCCAAAGCUGACAUUGAUAUCUCAGGGCCCAAGGUGGACAUUGAUGCUCCAGAUGUGAAUAUUGAAGGCCCUGAUGCAAAACUGAAAGGCCCCAAGUUCAAGCUGCCCGAAAUGAACAUCAAAGCCCCUAAGAUCUCCAUGCCUGACUUUGAUUUGCACCUGAAAGGUCCCAAGGUGAAGGGAGAUGUGGAUGUUUCUCUGCCUAAAGUGGAAGGUCACCUCAAGGGGCCUGAAGUUGACAUCAAAGGCCCCAGAGUGGACAUUGAUGUUCCAGAUGUGGACGUUCAUGGCCCAGACUGGCACCUAAAGAUGCCCAAGGUGAAAAUGCCCAAGUUUAGCAUGCCUGGCUUCAAAGGAGAAGGCCCAGAAGUGGAUAUGAACCUGCCCAAGGCUGACAUUGAUGCCUCAGGACCCAAGGUGGACAUUGAAGGCCCUGAUGUUAACAUUGAAGGACCAGAAGGAAAGUUGAAAGGUCCUAAGCUCAAGAUGCCCGAGAUGAACAUCAAAGCUCCCAAGAUCUCCAUGCCUGAUUUUGAUUUGCACCUGAAAGGUCCCAAGGUGAAGGGUGAUGUGGAUGUUUCUCUUCCUAAGGUGGAAGGUGACAUCAAGGGCCCUGAAGUUGACAUCAGAGGUCCCAAGGUGGACAUUGAUGUCCCUGAUGUGGACGUUCAUGGCCCAGACUGGCACCUAAAGAUGCCCAAGGUGAAAAUGCCGAAGAUUGGUAUGCCUGGCUUCAAAGGAGAGGGCCCAGAAGUGGAUGUGAACCUGCCCAAGACUGACAUUGGUGUCUCAGGGCCCAAGGUGGACAUUGAAGGGCCUGAUGUUAACAUUGAAGGACCAGAAGGAAAGUUGAAAGGUCCUAGGUUCAAGAUGCCUGAAAUGAACAUCAAAGCCCCUAAGAUCUCCAUGCCUGACUUUGAUUUGCACCUGAAAGGUCCCAAGGUGAAGGGUGAUGUGGAUGUUUCCCUGCCUAAGGUGGAAGGUGACCUCAAGGGGCCUGAAGUUGACAUCAGGGGCCCCAAAGGGGACAUCGAUGUUCCGGAUGUGGACGUUCAUGGCCCAGACUGGCACCUGAGGAUGCCCAAAGUAAAAAUGCCCAAGUUCAGCAUGCCUGGCUUCAAAGGAGAGGGCCCAGAAGUGGAUGUGAACCUGCCAAAGGCUGACAUUGAUGUCACAGGACCUAAGGUGGGCAUUGAUGCCCCAGAUCUGAAUAUCGAAGGUCCUGAGGCAAAACUGAAAGGCCCAAAGUUCAAGAUGCCUGAUAUGAACAUCAAGGCCCCUAAAAUUGCAAUGCCUGAUUUGGAUCUUAAUCUUAAAGGCCCUAAAGUGAAAGGAGAAAUGGAUGUGUCACUUCCAAAUGUAGAAGGUGAUUUGAGAGGGCCUUCUCUUGACAUAAAGGGCCCAAAGUUAGAUGUAGAUGCUCCAGAUAUUGACAUUCAUGGUCCAGAAGGUAAAUUAAAAGGUCCAAAACUGAAGAUGCCUGACAUGCAUGUACACAUGCCCAAGAUCUCCAUGCCAGAAAUUGACCUGAACUUGAAAGGCUCAAAGCUGAAGGGAGAUGUUGAUGUCUCUGGACCCAAAUUAGAAGGUGACAUCAAAGCUCCCAAAUUGGAUGUAAAAGGCCCAGAAGUGGACAUUUCUGGUCCUAAGCUCAAUAUUGAAGGAAAGUCAAAGAAAUCUCGUUUUAAGCUUCCCAAAUUUAAUUUUUCAGGCUCCAAAGUUCAGACACCUGAAGUGGAUGUCAAAAUUAAAAAGCCAGAUAUUGAUGUAACAGGUCCAAAAGUUGAUAUUAAUCCUCCUGACGUCGAGGUCCAAGGAAAAGUGAAAGGAUCCAAGUUCAAAAUGCCUUUCCUGAGUAUUUCAUCUCCCAAAGUUUCUAUGCCAGAUGUGGAGUUAAAUCUGAAAGGUCCUAAAGUAAAAGGAGACCUGGAUAUAGCAGGUCCUAAUUUAGAAGGCGACAUUAAAUGUCCGAAAGUGGAUAUUAAGGCACCAGAGGUUCAUCUUGAUGCACCUGAUGUGGAUGUUCAUGGUCCAGACUGGAAUCUGAAAAUGCCCAAGAUGAAAAUGCCAAAAUUCAGUGUGCCUGACGUAAAAGCAGAAGGGCCAGAUAUGGCUGUGGAUAUGCCAAAAGGAGAUAUCAAAAUAGAGGGCCCCAGUAUGAACAUUGAGGGAUCAGAAAUCAAUAUAGAAGGUCCAGAGGGAAGCUUGAAAGGUCCUAAAUUCAAGAUGCCUGACAUGAAUAUCAAAGCUCCUAAGCUCUCCAUGCCUGACAUAGACUUAAACUUGAAGGGCCCCAAGAUGAAAGGUGAUGUGGAUGUCUCUCUGCCCAAAGUUGAAGGGGAUCUGAAAGGUCCUGCAAUUGAUAUUAAAGGCCCCAAAGUGGACAUUGAUGCCCUAGAUGUGGACGUUCAUGGCCCAGACUGGCACCUGAAGAUGCCCAAGGUGAAAAUGCCCAAAUUCAGCAUGCCUGGCUUCAAAGGAGAGGGUCCAGAAGUGGAUGUGAACCUGCCCAAGGCUGACAUUGAUGUCUCAGGACCCAAAGUGGACAUCGAUGUUCCAGAUGUGAAUCUCGAAGGUCCAGAUGCAAAACUGAAAGGCCCUAAGUUCAAGAUGCCUGAGAUGAACAUCAAAGCUCCCAAGAUCUCCAUGCCUGACUUUGAUCUGAACCUGAAGGGCCCCAAAUUGAAGGGUGAUGUAGAUAUGUCUUUGCCAAAAGUGGAAGGUGACUUAAAGGGCCCUGAAGUGGACAUCAAGGGCCCCAAACUGGACAUUGACACUCCUGAUGUUAGCAUUGAAGGCCCAGAAGGGAAAUUGAAGGGCCCCAAAUUUAAGAUGCCAGAGAUGCAUUUAAAGGCCCCCAAAAUAUCAAUGCCUGACAUUGAUUUAAACUUAAAGGGUCCCAAAAUGAAGGGCGAUGUCGAUGUUUCCCUUCCUAAGAUUGAAGGGGAUCUGAAAGGCCCUGAAUUUGACAUCAAAGGCCCCAAGGUAGACAUUGAUGUUCCAGAUGCGGACAUUCAUGGCCCAGACUGGCACUUGAAGAUGCCCAAAGUGAAAAUGCCCAAGUUCAGCAUGCCUGGCUUCAAAGCAGAGGGUCCAGAGGUGGAUGUGAACCUACCCAAGGCUGACAUUGAUGUCUCAGGACCAAAGGUGGACAUUGAAGGCCCUGAUUUUAACAUUGAAGGACCAGAAGGAAAGUUAAAAGGUCCUAAGUUCAAGAUGCCUGAGAUGAACAUCAAAGCCCCUAAGAUCUCCAUGCCUGACUUUGACUUGCAUCUGAAAGGUUCCAAGGUGAAGGGAGAUGUGGACGUUUCCCUGCCUAAGGUGGAAGGUGACCUCAAGGGCCCUGAAGUUGACAUCAAAGGCCCCAAGAUGGAUGUCAGUGUCCCAGAUGUGGACGUUCAUGGCCCAGACUGGCACCUGAAGAUGCCCAAGGUGAAAAUGCCCAAGUUCAGCAUGCCUGGCUUCAAAGGAGAGGGCCCAGAAGUGGAUGCCAAUCUACCCAAAGCUGACAUUGAUGUUUCAGGACCCAAGGUGGACAUUGAUGCUCCAGAUGUGAAUAUUGAAGGCCCUGAUGCAAAACUGAAAGGCCCCAAGUUCAAGCUGCCCGAAAUGAACAUCAAAGCCCCUAAGAUCUCCAUGCCUGACUUUGAUUUGCACCUGAAAGGUCCCAAGGUGAAGGGAGAUGUGGAUGUUUCCCUGCCUAAGGUGGAAGGUGACCUCAAGGGCCCUGAAGUUGACCUCAAAGGGCCCAAGGUGGACAUCGAUGUCCCUGAUGCGGACGUUCAUGGCCCAGACUGGCACCUGAAGAUGCCCAAGGUGAAAAUGCCCAAGUUCAGCAUGCCUGGCUCCAAAGGAGAGGGCCCAGAAGUGGAUGUGAACCUGCCCAAGGCUGACAUUGAGGUCACAGGACCCAAGCUGGACAUAGACACUCCUGACAUUGACAUUCAUGGUCCUGAAGGAAAAUUGAAGGGUCCUAAGUUUAAAAUGCCUGACCUGCAUCUCAAGGCACCCAAGAUCUCCAUGCCUGAAGUUGAUCUGAACCUUAAGGGUCCCAAGGUGAAGGGAGAUGUAGAUGUUUCCCUGCCUAAGGUGGAAGGUGACCUCAAGGGCCCUGAAGUUGACCUCAAAGGCCCCAAGGUGGACAUUGAUGUCCCUGAUGUGGACGUUCAUGGCCCAGACUGGCACCUGAAGAUGCCCAAGGUGAAAAUGCCCAAGUUCAGCAUGCCUGGCUUCAAAGGAGAGGGCCCAGAAGUGGAUGUGAAACUGCCCAAGGCCGACAUUGAUAUCUCAGGACCCAAGGUGGAUAUUGAUGCUCCAGAUGUGAGUAUUGAAGGUCCAGAUGCAAAACUGAAGGGCCCUAAGUUCAAGAUGCCUGAGGUGAAUAUCAAAGCUCCCAAAAUCUCCAUGCCUGACUUUGAUUUGCACCUGAAAGGUCCCAAGGUGAAGGGUGAUGUGGAUGUUUCCCUGCCUAAGGUGGAAGGUGACUUAAAGGGCCCUGAAGUUGACAUCAAAGGCCCCAAGGUGGAUGUUGAUGUUCCAGAUGUGGACGUUCAUGGCCCAGACUGGCACCUGAAGAUGCCCAAGGUGAAAAUGCCCAAAUUCAGCAUGCCUGGCUUCAAAGGAGAGGGUCCAGAAGUGGAUGUAAACCUACCCAAGGCUGACAUUGAUGUCUCAGGACCCAAAGUGGACAUCGAUGUUCCAGAUGUGAAUCUCGAAGGUCCAGAUGCAAAACUGAAAGGCCCUAAGUUCAAGAUGCCUGAGAUGAACAUCAAAGCUCCCAAGAUCUCCAUGCCUGACUUUGAUCUGAACCUGAAGGGCCCCAAAUUGAAGGGUGAUGUAGAUGUGUCUUUGCCAAAAGUGGAAGGUGACUUAAAGGGUCCUGAAGUGGACAUCAAGGGCCCCAAACUGGACAUUGACACUCCUGAUGUUAGCAUUGAAGGCCCAGAAGGGAAACUGAAGGGGCCCAAAUUUAAGAUGCCAGAGAUGCAUAUCAAAGCCCCUAAGAUUUCCAUGCCUGAAUUUGACUUAAAUCUGAAAGGGCCAAAGGUAAAGGGUGAUGUGGACCUUUCACUCCCCAAGGUGGAAGGUGAUCUGAAGGGACCAGAGGUGGACAUUGAAGGUCCUGAAGGGAAACUCAAAGGUCCCAAAAUUAAAAUUCCUGACGUCCAUUUCAAAACCCCUCAGAUCUCCAUGAGUGACAUUGAUUUGAACUUGAAAGGACCUAAGAUAAAAGGAGAUUUGGACAUUUCCAUUCCUAAAAUGGAAGGAGAUCUGAAAGGCCCCCAGGUGGAUGUCAAAGGCCGUAAGCUGGACAUAGACACUCCUGACAUUGACAUUCAUGGUCCUGAAGGGAAACUGAAGGGUCCUAAGUUUAAAAUGCCUGACUUGCACCUCAAGGCACCCAAGAUCUCCAUGCCUGAAGUCGACUUGAAUCUGAAAGGGCCAAAGGUGAAGGGAGAUGUGGAUGUUUCUCUUCCCAAAGUGGAAGGUGAGCUAAAGGGUCCUGAAGUUGACAUCAAGGGCCCCAAGGUGGACAUUGAUGCCCCAGAUGUGGACGUUCAUGGCCCAGACUGGCACCUGAAGAUGCCCAAGGUGAAAAUGCCCAAGUUCAGCAUGCCUGGCUUCAAAGGAGAGGGCCCAGAAGUGGAUGUGAACCUGCCCAAGGCUGACAUUGAUGUCUCAGGACCCAAAGUGGACAUUGAUGUUCCAGAUGUGAGCAUUGAAGGUCUGGAUGCAAAACUGAAGGGUCCCAAAUUCAAGAUGCCUGAGAUGAACAUUAAAGCUCCCAAAAUCUCUAUGCCUGACUUUGAUUUGCACCUGAAAGGUCCCAAGGUGAAGGGUGAUGUGGAUGUUUCUCUGCCUAAGGUGGAAGGUGACUUAAAGGGCCCUGAAGUUGACAUCAAAGGCCCCAAGGUGGACAUCGAUGUUCCAGAUGUGGAUGUUCAUGGCCCAGACUGGCACCUGAAGAUGCCCAAGGUGAAAAUGCCCAAGUUUAGCAUGCCUGGCUUCAAAGGAGAAGGCCCAGAAGUGGAUGUGAACCUGCCCAAGGCUGACAUUGAUAUCUCAGGACCGAAGGUGGACAUUGAUGUUCCUGAUGUGAAUCUUGAAGGUCCCGAUGCAAAACUAAAGGGCCCUAAGUUCAAGAUGCCUGAGAUAAAUAUCAAGGCUCCCAAGAUCUCCAUGCCUGAUGUUGACCUGGAUUUGAAAGGACCCAAAGUAAAAGGAGAUUUUGAUGUGUCUGUCCCUAAGAUUGAAGGUUCUUUCAAAGGCCCAGAAGUAGACUUUAAAGGUCCAGGUCUGGAGUUUGAAGGCCCUGAUGCCAAACUCUGUGGCCCAGAUUUGAAGAUGCCAUCACUGGAUGUAUCUGCUCCUGACAUUGAUUUGCAUCUCAAGGCACCGAAAAUUGGAGUUUCUGGUCCCAAGUUAGAAGGUGGUGACUUGGACCUUAAGGGGCCUAAAGUUGAUUUAGAAACUCCAAGCUUAGAUGUACAUAUGGAGAGCCCGGAUAUUAACAUCGAGGGGCCAGAUGUCAAAAUUCCCAAAUUUAAGAAACCCAAGUUUGGAUUUGGGGCAAAAAGCCCCAGAGCUGACAUCAAGUCACCUGUAUUAGAUGUGACUGUUCCUGAGGCGGAGCUGAACAUUGAGACUCCUGAAAUUAGUGUUGGUGGCAAGGGUAAGAAAAGCAAGUUUAAGAUGCCUAAAAUUCACAUGAGUGGUCCAAAAAUGAAGGCCAAAAAGCAGGGAUUUGAUUUGAAUGUCCCUGGGGGCGAAAUUGAUGCCAGUCUCAAGACUUCUGAUUUAGAUGUCAGUGUCACCGGGCCAGAUGCUACACUUAAAGCUGAUGUGAAAUCUCCAAAAAUCAAGAAACCUAUGUUUGGAAAAAUGUACUUUCCAGAUGUAGAAUUUGACAUUAAAUCGCCCAAAUUUAAAGCCGAGGCCCCCCUCCCUAGCCCAAAAAUGGAGGGUGAAAUCCAGGCACCUGAUAUGGAUAUUUCUUCACCAGGGAUUAAAGUGGAAGGUCCAGACAUCAAGCUGAAAGCCCCCAAGUUCAAGAUGCCAGAUGUGGAUGUCUCGGGGCCAAAACUAGAGGGUGAGUUGAAAGGCCCCAGUGUGCAGGCAGACAUCGAAGGCUCAGAUGCUAAAGUCAAAGCACCAUCUUUUGGCAUUUCUGCCCCUCACGUGUCCAUUCCUGAUGUGAACGUUAACUUGAAAGGACCAAAGAUAAAGGGUGACGUCCCCAGUGUGGGACUGGAAGGACCAGAUGUAGAUCUGCAAGGUCCUGAUGUGAAUAUCAAGUUCCCCAAGUUUUCGAUGCCCAAAAUCGGUGUCCCUGGUGUGAAAAUGGAGGGUGGGGGAGCUGAGGUCCACGGCCAGCUGCCGUCUUUUGAAGGAGGUUUGAGUGCACCGGAUAUUAAGUUGGAAGGGCCUGAAGUGUCUCUGAAGGGGCCAAAAGUAGACUUGCCUUCAGUGGACCUCUCUAUGCCAAAAGUCUCUGGGCCUGACCUUGACCUGAACUUGAAAGGACCAGGUUUGAAGGGAGAGAUGGAUGUAUCUGUUCCUAGCAUGAAGAUGCAUGCUCCAGGGCUUAACCUCAGAGGUGUCGGUGGAAAGGUGCAGAUGGAAGGAGAUGGAGUGAAAGUGCCAGGGAUCGAUGCCACCACGACACUUAAUGUUCAUGCACCAGAUGUGACACUGAAGGGACCAAGCCUGCAGGGAGAUCUGGCUGUCUCUGGUGACAUCAAGUGCCCUAAAGUAUCAGUAGGGGCUCCCGAUCUGUGUGUGGAAGCAUCUGAAGGUGGUAUUAAACUUCCCAAAAUGAAGCUGCCCCAGUUUGGCAUCUCUGCUCCAGGCUCUGACUUGGACGUUGACGUCAAGGGGCCACAAGUUACCGGAGAAAUAAAGGGGCCAGUCCUGGAUGUGAACCUUGGAGGCGUGAACCUGAAAGGGCCUCAGAUUUCUGGCCCUCGAAUCUCAGCACCGGACAUGGACAUAUACACGGAAGGACCAAAAAUAAAAGGAAGCCUUGGGGCUGCUGGUGAGAUGAGAGGCCCCAGUGUCGGAGGGGUUCUUCCUGGCAUCAGUGUAAAAGGCUUAGAAGGAAGCCUCCAGAUGCCUGGAAUUAAGUCCUCUGGAGGUGAUGUGGACUUGCCAGGAGUGAACGUGAAACUCCCAACUGGGCAGAUUUCUGGUCCUGAAAUCAAAGGCGAGCUGAAGGGUUCAGGAUUAGGUUUCCAUGGCUCUGCUCCUGAUAGUAGUGUGAAGGGGCCGAAGAUCAAAGGCGGUGUGGAUGUUUCAGGGGGCAUCAGCGCCCCAGAUGUCAGCCUGGGCGAAGGGCAUGUGAGUGUCAAAGGUUCUGGGGGUGAGUGGAAGGGACCCCAGUUUGCCGGAGGGCUUCAUUUCUCAGGACCAAAGGUGGAAGGAGGUAUGAAAGGAGGUCAGGUUGGACUCCAGGGUCCUGGGCUGAGUGUGUCUGGGCCUCAAGGCCACUUGGAAAGUGGAUCUGGAAAAGUAACAUUCCCCAAGAUGAAGAUCCCCAAAUUUACCUUCUCUGGCCGUGAGCUGGUUGGCAGAGAAGUGGGAGUGGAUAUUAACUUCCCGAAAGCAGAGGCCACUGUGCAGGCUGGUGCUGGAGAAGGUGAGUGGGAAGACUCCGAAGUAAAGCUUAAAAAGUCCAAAAUCAAAAUGCCCAAGUUUAAUUUUUCCAAACCGAAAGGGAAAGGCGGUGCCACUGGCUCACCGGAAGCAUCCAUUUCGGGGUCCAAAGGUGACCUGAAAGGCUUGAAGGCCAGCGUAGGCUCUCUGGAAGGAGAGGCAGAGGCCGAAAUGUCUUCUUCACCCAAAGGCAAAUUCUCCUUAUUUAAAAAUAAGAAGCCACGGCACCGCUCAAAUUCUUUCAGUGAUGAGAGGGAGAUGUCUGCGCCUUCCACCCCGCCGGGGACUUUGGAGUUUGAAGGCGGGGAAGUGUCGCUGGAAGGCGGGAAAGUCAAAGGGAAACCGGGAAAGCUGAAAUUUGGUACCUUUGGUGGAUUGGGGUCAAAGAGCAAAGGUCAUUAUGAGGUGUCUGGGAGUGACGAUGAGGCAGGCAAGUUGCAGGGGAGUGGCGUGUCCCUGGCCUCUAAGAAGUCCCGACUGUCAUCCUCUUCUAGCAAUGACAGUGCGACCAAGGUUGGCAUCCAGCUGCCAGAGGUGGAACUGGCAGUUUCCACAAAGAAAGAGUAGCAGGCCUCUGUAUGUGUGUACAUAUAUAUAUAUAAAAAUACAUCAGCCUCGGGCGUGUUUGUAUAUAAACUCCAAAGAGAAACACGUCGACAGCCUCAGCAAUAAUGCAAAGAUCUUGCCUCCUCCAGGGGCAAGCGCUGAAGCACCAACUGCCUAUAGCUCCUGGAACCUUACAGAAAAGUAAAAGGUUCCAGGUUCGUUCAGCUCCCGUGCAGAGUCAGCAGUAUUUGCCUUAAGAUUUCAGUUUUUUGCGUUGAAUGCUGAGAGCUCCUGUUUACUAAGCAAGCUUUUGUGUUCAUUAUCCUUUUUACUGAAUGUUGUUACUGUUGGGGUAAUGGAGACCCAUUUUUGCAUUGUAAUGACUUUUGGGGCUUUUGUUAGUAAAGGGAGGUGGGGUUGGAGGCAGCAGAGAGGGGGCGAGACCUCCAUUUCUCCUAAGAUUGGAUCGUAACCUAAACAACAGACUCCCCAAGAUGGGGGAGAAGAGCCGGCAGCUGGGGCGUUGGGGUGUUUUUAGAGCUCUUUAGCAUUGCUUCCUUUCCCCCAGAGGUGGCGGUCCCUGCCCGUUUGGUGCUCAAGGUGAGAGGGAAUUAGGAUCUGUGUGAAAAUCGUCCAGGCCACCAACUCAACAGGGGGCUUCCAUUCUGUGUUUUUAUAAGAGAGAUGUUUCAUUCAUGGCCAUCAUGUUCCUGAUACUAGUUUUGAUUUCUUUUAACAAAUGUUAUCAUGAUUAAGAAAAUUUCCAGCACUUUAAUGGCAAAUUAAUUGAGAAUGUAAGAAAACUGAUGCUGUAAGAGGCAAAUAAAGUUGUUUAUUAACCUUGA